AUGGCACUGCGACUCUGGGGCCUCGUGCUCCUCGGACACCUCUCAUGGCUCGUGCUCGGCCAAAGCUACGACUACGUUGUGCCCUCCGUGCCGAACCCAGCUCACGUCAGCUACGUGCGUUUGGACCUGCGUCUUCCGUACGCCACGUCAUUGCAAGCGCUCAAGAUGAACCAACAUACGAUGGAGAGCAUGCUUACAAGCUACCUCAACAACAACGACAACGACACGGCGCUCGUGACGCACGUCGACACGGCGGGAUUUGAAGUCGCGACCAACCUCGCGGCGACCAACCUCCAGCCGUCGCUCUACUCGAUGCUCGACUACGUCGUCUCGAUCAACCUCUUUCUCGCCAACGCGACCAACGAAAGCAGCGGCGCCAUUAUCGCACCGACUGCGACGCUUGUGACGGCCAUCAACUACACCAGCGUCGGCCUCGUCGUCGGGCAGUUGCUGCCGGCGAUGCUGGCGCAGGCCAUGUUUGGUGCGCUCUCGCCGUCCAUGUCGGCCAACAACGUGCUCGUCAAGGGUCUCGGCCCGAUUGCGCCGUUCCAGCCCAGUGCUCCGUACAUUGGCAUGGACCUCUUGCUGCCGGCGCCGGCCGAGGGACCCAUGGCUCUCGACGCGUUCUUCUUCCAAUCGGUCGAAUUCGCCGCCGCCGCCGCGCUGCAAGGGUACCAUGCGACGUGGGUGCACGUGACGCAAGCGGCCAAGGCGUCGGGGCAGCCGCUGCUCGAUGUGUCGCUCGUCAUCGGCCUCGACAACGGCCUCCUCUCGCGCGACAGCUUGCACGCGGCAUUUGACAGCACGCUCGUCUGUGCGCCGAUCUUUCAAGCCAACAACUUGACGUUCCUCGGGCCUGGCAUGUACACGAUGAACCUCACGGCCGAUGGCGCGGCCACGUCAUGGUACAGCUCACAGUACAACUUGCCAGCGCCGUCCAACACAAGCGUCGAGGUGACGCUGUCGUUUGGUAUUGCGUUCAGCCUUCGCCAAGUCGAGGGGUAUACGCCUGCGAUUCUCCAGAGUCUCGAGGCCGACCUCGCGGCACAAGUGAGCGUUGUCAGCAUCAAGUGCGACGCCAGUGACAUUGACACGCCCACGUACAUUGCGCUGACGCUCAGCGCAGAGCCGACGCCGCUCAGCAGUGAGAAUUCGAUUGCCUCGAUGGUCGCGACCAAUAGCAGCGAGCUUGUGCAGGACAUUCUGACCGCGCUCCAGCUGCCCACGGGCAUGCUCGCGCUCUACUUGACGCCAACGCUACCAAGCGUCACGACGACUGCUCGCGCCAACGACGCAAGCGAACCCCGUGUUUGA